ACCGAUAAACAGUCCAUGUGUAAAAGAGCAGUUAAGGCUCUCCCAUAAUUGGGUUGAGAAGAAAUACCAUGAAAAGGUUUUAUGCAGGCUUAAUCCGAGGCAGUUGCCAUGGAUGCAGUACACAGGAGGCACUAUUUGGUUCUCAGUCAGUAACACGAUACGAUGCUAUAGGAUUCAGAGUGAUGGCAGAAUACGAGAAGAUAAGAAGCAGCACCUGACAUUGCAAGACCCGAAACAGCAUGGGAGACAGCAGCGUAGAAGAAGGGCAAAUUUUUCAGCAGAGAAUAACAAGCACCCAAACUUAAUAAACAAAGAUGUUAGCAGAUUUGUUGUGAAAGAUAAUGUUACUGUUAGUGGUUGCAGAGAUGGCAGCUUAUAUGUAUUUGACUGUGAUAGUGGCAGAUGUUUGGAAUCAUUGUACAAAAUCCACAUGACAGAUACACAGACUGUAGAUUUUCAUGAUAGAUGUAUUAUAUCUGGUUCAAGGGAUAGAACUGUGAAGGUAAGAUGUGUUAUAUUUUGAUCAAGGGGCAGGACUGUGAAGAUAAGG